CCGGAACCAUUAAAGACUUUCCAUAAUUUUAAGUUUAGCUCAUAAUAAUUAGGUAAUUUCUGUUACAUAAUGGAUUACAGUUAAUUACAAAAGACUUAGUACAUUAGCGCUAUCUACGCAUUAACGAACAGAACUAGCUUCACCGAAAAAGAUCGCCGACAAUCUCCAUAUGGAUGUAAGUAAAGGGUUGGAAUGACGUGGGUUUUCAUGGAUCAGACCAAGUGUUCACACCUAACAUCGACGCCCUGGCAUACAACGGGGUUAUACUAAACAACCACUACGUACAACCUGUGUGUACACCAUCUAGAGCUGCACUCAUGACAGGGAUAUACCCCAUCCACUCAGGAAUGCAGGGGCUGCCAACUCUUGCUGCUGAGCCGAAUGGUCUGCCGCUGACGUACCGACUGCUACCCCAGUACUUGCGAGAGCUGGGCUACGUCACUAGAGCUGUGGGAAAGUGGCAUCUGGGUCACUACAAAAGGGAUUACCUCCCACAAUUCCGUGGCUUCGAGUCCCAUCUCGGCAUCUGGGCUGGCUUCACCAGCUAUUACGACUACAUACUCCAGGACAGUUAUGGAGGUGUAGAGUACAAUGGCUUUGACUUGCACCGAGACCUGAGCCCUGCGUGGGAGUACACUGGUCGCUAUGCUACAGAUCUUUUUACAGACGAGGCUGUCGAUAUCAUACAGCGCCACAACAAGGAGAGUCCGUUGUUCCUCUAUCUCGCGCAUCUUGCUGUACAUUCUGGCAAUCGAGGCAAGUACCUCGAGGCCCCGCAGUCCGAGAUUGACAAGUUCCAACACAUCAAGGACCCCAACAGGAGGACCUAUGCAGCCAUGGUGUCGAAGCUGGACGAGUCUGUGGGCCGUGUUGUGGCAGCCCUGCAGACCCGAUACAUGCUAGACAACACGAUCAUAGUCUUCAUGUCCGACAAUGGAGCUCCUUCAAAAGACACAACGUCCUCCACGUUUAACUUCUAUCCGAAUUGGGGAUCAAAUUUCCCGUUAAGAGGGGCAAAAGAGACGUUGUGGGAAGGCGGUGUUAGAAGCCCAACUUUUAUUUGGUCGAAGCAGUUCCAAAGCAACCCUCGAGUCUACAACGGGAUGAUACACAUCACGGACUGGCUGCCCACACUGUACAGAGCUGCGGGUGGUUUUGUGACUCGGUUGCCAGCCUACUUGGAUGGGAGAGAUCAGUGGAAUAGCAUCUCACUAGGCCUGCCCUCGGCGAGAAAUGAAACACUUGUAAAUAUCAAUGAGAACGACAAGAAUGCAGCGCUGAUAGCUGUUUACAAUCCAGGAAGCUUCUAUAAACAAACGUGGAAAAUAGUAUAUGGAAGUGUUAGAAAUACGGAGUUUGACGGCUACUACAGAGACACAAGGUCACCGAGCAACCCUGCGUACAACAUCUCCGGUGUGCUGCUGAGCCUCUCACACCGCGCACUGCGCACCAUUUACCCCACGGCCAGCUCCUUCACCAUCCUCAACCUGCGGAGUGCGGCGACGGUAAACUGUCCCCCGGUGUCCAACCAGACGCUACAAUGCUACAAGCGGCCUUGCCUCUUCGACCUGGAGCGAGAUCCCUGCGAGACCACCGAUGUCGCUCAACAGAACACCUUCGUAGCCGAGGCUCUCUACAACAGGCUGGUGGCGUUCCGAGCGACCCUCGUGCCGCAGUCCAACAAACCCCCUGAGCCCGUUCUGGCCGACCCUCGGCGGCACAACCACACCUGGUCCAUCUGGGCGUUAUAGCUCUCGUCUCUGCCAAACUCUUAUUUAUUUCAGUUACCAUAAGCGUGUUCAUCUUUUUAUACCAAAGCGUUCUGAGUUUGUAAUGUCGGUUCCUAGUGUAUAAUAAAAACUUUUUUAUUCAAUAUUGAAUUUUUACAUGUGACUGUGCGUAGAUCAGAAUCUCUGAAAUAGAUCAGAUUACGUCUUUAGUCUCAUUAUUAUUAAAUAUUUUAAUUUAUUUAUUUUAAAAGAUAAUUAUUUAGCUUUAUAAAAGUAUUACUUCUGUUAGAUUAAAUUUUUAAAGUUUUUGAUUGGAAUGUGAAAUCAAAUCCUUUUAUAUGGUAUUUAGAAAUAAUAAUAAUGUGAUGACAAAAUACAAAAUGUGAUUGUUCUUGUUAAAGUAUGUAGAGAUAAAUCAAAAUUCUAUAUAAAUAAUGAGAAAAUACAAAUUCUUGAACAAAUUUCA